ACCCCUUUAAAAACUUCAUUCACCCCACGACAUUUGUUUCAACUCUCCAUAGGCCAGCUCAUUUCCCUCACAACACAACACAAAGCCCCAUCACCAACCCAACCCUCUCUCUCUCUCUUUCUUCUCUCUCUACAGCUCUCAGCGUUUUCUCCACCAGAUCUCUCGGAGUAACCCUUUCAAGAUGCGAGCUUUUUGAGCUUUUAUCUCUCUCUACAACCAUACAAACCCAAAUACCCAUUUUCUUUUUUUGAUUUCUUUUCGCUUAUUUUUGACUUUUUCUUCGAUUUCUCUCCGAAGGGUUUUCAGGGUUGGUGUUUAUUUGUUUCCUUAUUUUUUAUCUUUAUCAAAGAACAGAUUUUUAUUAGUCUCUCUCUUUUUUGGCUUUAUAGAGAGAGAAAAAUGGCUAAUGGGGUAGAGAGAGAAAGUGAGUUGGUGGUGAUGUUUAGCGAGGAAGAGCUGAGUGAGAUGAGUGGGGUAAGGAGAUGUUUGAACUAUAUAGAGGUCACGUGUGGUUGUACCAGUCACAGAUAUGGUGAUGCUGUUGGGAGGCUUAGGGUUUUCCAAAAUGGUGACCUUGAAAUCACUUGUGAAUGCACCCCUGGUUGUCAGGAAGACAAGCUGACUCCGGCUGCAUUUGAGAAGCAUUCUGGAAGAGAGACAGCAAGGAAAUGGAAGAAUAAUGUGUGGGUCAUAGUUAACGAGGAGAAGGUUCCAUUGUUUAAGACAGUGCUGCUCAAGUACUACAACCAAGCAUCAAAAAAUGCUAAUGGGUCCCAUAGAUCUCAUAAUGGACGAGCUUGUCAUCGUGAUGAGUUUAUUCGCUGUACUAGGUGCAACAAGGAUCGAAGGUUUCGUCUGCGGACAAAAGAGGAAUGUCGGAUUCAUCAUGAUGCUUUGGCAGAUUCAAAUUGGAAAUGUUCUGAUCUGCCAUAUGACAAAAUUUCAUGCGAUGAUGAUGAAGAACGAGCAAGUCGCAGGGUGUACAGGGGCUGCACCCGGUCUCCAACAUGCAAGGGUUGCACUUCUUGUGUGUGUUUUGGAUGUGAAAUCUGCCGUUUCUCAGAUUGCAGCUGCCAGACUUGUGUCGACUUUACGAUGAAUGCAAAAACUUGAGUCUCUAAAGUAACCUUGCUAUCCUGAUGAUUUCCCCUUUGUGUGGGUUCUCUGCCCAUUAUUGGUGCUGCAUUCAAGCGCCACCCCCCACACAUUUGAAAAAAAAAGCUUCCAUUGUCUUUGUCUUCUUUAUUUUGAACAUGAAUUUCCAGUCCCUGGGUUUAUCAGUAUUUGCUGUUCUCAUUGACUGGUUCAGAACUUCAAAUUCAGUAAUUUAUUUCCUUCAUUUAUAUC